AUGGAAUACCAAAACAACUUGUUCAAAUUCAACCUAUCAAACCUCCACCUUCCGAAAUCAGCAAGGUUACGCUCGUUCGGAAUUUAUUUAUCAGGAGCGUUAUUCUCCAUCGGCUUCUGGUCCUUGAUAGAUGCGUCAAUCUACUCCAAGACGGUCAACGCCAGCGACGUGCACGUGACGUUCAUAGACUGGAUUCCCCUUAUUUGCUCGGGCUUGGGGAUGUUGAUUGUCAACUCGAUUGAGAAACACAAUUUGAUGAAUAAUAAUCUUGAUGGGCAACAAGCGGGGAUGUUUGGAGACCAGGGGAACUAUGUAUGGGCAGCUCGCGUGAUCUUGUUCUUGGGGUUCAGUUUGUUGGCGGGUGGCUUGGCUGGCAGUUUUAUGGUUCUCAUUUUGAAAUAUUUGAUGAAUCAUUAUACUUUCCCCACGUUGAGUAUGGGGGUUGCCAAUGUUGUUUGUAAUGGGUGUGUGAUGUUGAGUUGCAUUGUGUUGUGGUUGAGUCAAAACAUCGAGGAUGAGUAUAGUUAUAGCUUGGCUUUAUAG